UGAACACACAAAACACCAGUUGCAUUCUUUAACUUUCCAAUUUCUAAUCUUAAUGUGUUGUUUGAUUUAAUUUCUUGAAAUUGGAUUCGAUUAAACUUUGAAUUUUUGUUUAUAGGAUGAAGUUGCCAUCGGGUUCGAAAAAGAUUGUGCCAAGUGGAUGCAUGGCCAUGAUUGGUCAAGUUGCAGGUGGUGGAAGAACUGAGAAGCCGAUGCUAAAGGCUGGUUCGAACAAAGUGAUGCAGGUUGCUCUUGGUCGUGCUGCUUCUGAUGAAUUCCGUUCUGGUAUCUACAAGUCUCCAAGGUUCGUGUACUAUGCUUCUUACAAUGGUUCUUUUAUGUUAAACGCUUUGUGAACAGAACUUAUGCCUUCUCUAUAUUUUGUUGUUGCUAGAUCAACAAACAAGAUUGACUAUGAUCAUCCAAAUUCUGUUUGAUGAAUGCUUAGCCAAGUUCCAAUAAUUGAUGGAAUUUAUC